CUUGGCUUUCUCCGUCACCUCUAUUCCCUUCGUCCAUCGCUGAGCACCACCAGAAUCCAUCUUGGCAGCCAUGAUCUGGCAGCAUCUGCAGCUGUGCUGCUGGGCGGUGGUCCUGUGGAUCGCAUGUGUGUAUGUCGCCCCGGCACACAGCAUUGCGCCCUUCAAGAUGCCUGUCGACGAGUCCGUGAGUGAAGAUCUCAAGCAGCGGCUGUCCAUGUCAAGAUGGCCUUCUUCGCCGCAGGCAAGCACACGAGGGCAGCCGCCGGUGUCUGCAGACGGAUGGGCGUGUGUGCGUGUGUGUGAUCCGUGUUGCAGAUUGGCGCGCCAGGCGAGUAUGGCGUUGACUGGGGUCUGGCCAAGACGCUUGCCGCUUAUUGGCGUGAUGGGUUCGAUUGGUCGUCGCAGGCGGCGGCGCUCGAGUCUGUAAUGCCCCAGUUCACGGUGGAGAUUGAGGGACUCACCGUCCACUUCGCACACGCAAAGGCCACCGACAGGAAGAAAGGUGCGCAUCGAUGGCAUGUGAGCAAGAGAGAGAAGGGGAGAGAGGCAGGCCGCAUCUACGGUCCCCCUUUCAUGUGUGAGUGCAGGUGCCAUUUUGGCUCUACAUGGGUGGCCCGACGCUUUCACAUCGUGUGAGCAACACAUCUCUGCACAUGUGUGUGUUUCUGGUACGUCGAUUCAUGUGCCUAUCAAUCAGGUCGCAAGAUUGUGCCCCUGCUGACGUCGUAUGGCUAUGAUGUCGUGUGCCCCUCGCUCAUCGGCUACGGCUUCUCCUCACCUGCGAAGGAGCCGGGAAUGGGUGCUGCCAAGAUGGCUUCAAUCUUCGUGACACUCAUGAAGGACGUCCUCAAGUACAACAAAUACCUAGUUCAUGGUAAGAUAGACAGACACACAGACAGAGCAGCGGCUCGCAUCAAGUCACACAAGUGCUCUUCCCUCUUAGGUGGUGACUGGGGCGCUCUCAUCAGCGUCUAUGUGGCCGUAUCGGACCCCCAGUCAUGUGUUGGUCUCCACUCGACCAAUUGCAUCUCCAAGCCGCCCCUCAACCCCUUCGCACAGUUCCCACACGGCAUCGUCCGCACCUCGCGCUUCCUCUAUGAGGAGGGCUCCAAGAUCGUCAAGAACGUCAUCAACAGCAUGACCACCGGCAGCAAUGAGACCGACACCUCAGCCGCGCCAGAGGGCAAGGACGAGAGUGAGGAGAGCGUGCGGGAGCGGUCGUCUGCUAUGUGGAAGGAGACCGGCUACCUGCAUGAGCAGGCCACAAAGCCACACACGCUGGGGGUGGCUUUGAACGACUCGCCGGCGGGGCUCCUCGCAUGGAUCGUAGAGAAGUGGACGUACGCAGAGAGGAAGAAAAGGAGAGGGCAGGUGGACACGCCAGGUGCAAACGUGGUGUGUGUGUGCUUAUAGGACGUGGUCUGACGUGCCGGUAAAGUCCAGCGGUGAGCGUGACUUGCUGGCGCUGUACUCGAAGGACGAGAUCCUGGCGCUGGUGCACCUCUACUGGAUCACUGGAUCCAUCACUUCAUCCAUCCAGGUAGGUACUUACACACGUGGGCAGACAGACAGCAACCAGCCAAGCAGCAUCUGUGUGCCUGUGUGUCUGUGUGUCGCUUUAUCAGCUGUACAAGGAGGAGUUCUUUGAGGGCCUGCAGACGUCGCUCCCCUACGUGGAGACGCCCACUGCGUGCGCUGUCUUCCCAAGGGAGCUGAUGAAGCCACCAAAGUGAGACGAAAUAAAUGGAUGGAUGGAAGGACGUAUGGAUCAUUGCCUCUGCUCGUCAGGUACUGGGUGGAGGGUGCAUACAAUCUGAAGCGAUUCAACACCUUCGACAAGGUCAGUCAGACAGCUGCCAGCCAGGGGGGCUCAAAGAGAGCAACGCAGCGAAUCCGUCAAGCCGAUGGUGCUUGUUUGUGGAUGCGUCAGGGGGGUCAUUUCGCAAUGAUGGAGCAGCCUGAGGCGCUCGCCAAGGUCAGCUGAUAGCCACACACAUCAAUUGCCCUCAUCCUCACCUUGAUGUGCAUCAUGAGUGCAGGACAUCGAUGCCUUCUACACGACGUUGCUGGAGGAGGCUGAGCAGAAGGCGCGGGACGAGGCGGCCAAGAAGGAGCAGCAGGCACAACAGGCCGCAGACAAGAAGGCCCAGACCCCGGGCGAGGGUGGUGGAGGGAAGAAGAAAACAGAGGCUGAGAAGCCCAGCGGUGGAGAGCGCACCGACCUGUAGGCACUGUGCAGUGUGGUGUGUGCGGCGAUCGGUAUUCCCAGUUCGACAGCACGUUUGUGGGUAUGCUAUGCGUGUGCCGAGUGCACUUUUUGCCUGUAUGUAUGUGGCCAUGCCGUGUGUAGUCGUCUAUAGUCUGCAUCCGUCAUGCAUCGGUGUAAGUACUUUCUGCGUCAGUCGGAUCGAUCAUGUGCAGGCAGAGUCAGCUGUGGCCGGCCUUUUUGCAAUGUAAUGUCGAGAACAGACACCCCUUUACGUGUGCGUGUAUGUGUUUUGUGUGUUUGGGUCUUUAAGUGUCUACUUCGUUGUAA